AUGUUGUUCCAUUCGAAAGAAGAAAUCGAUGAGAAGGAUUUAUCCGACGUCUCGACAUUGAGCCCCGACAACUCUCCACCGAACUCGACCCCGACCGUCUCUUCCUGGGAAGAGCGGUGGGAUGUCAAAAGCGAGGAUGUCGACUUCGAUAUCGAUACAGAGGUGACUGGGAAAUUUCCCCUCGUCGAAGAUGAGGCAAGGUACUCAGAGCUUCUUGUUCCAUCAUCGAGCCCGACUGUCUCUCCCUGGGAAGAUCGAGGGGAUGUCAAAGGCCUGUACAUCGAGUAUCAACACUUUGAUAUCGAUCCAGAGACUAUGAAAUUUCCCCUCGUCGGAGAUAAGGCAAGAUCCUCACAGCCACUUGCACCGAUCUUGAUUUCUUCCGCUGCUCGCCGCGCAUAUUUCUCCGCUCUGACGCUCGUUAGGAUUCUAGUACUGGACAAGUUUACUGGCUUUCUUCCCUUCUUCCAGCUCUCGCCUCCUGGUGACAGUCAAUGCCCCUGGACUGUAUCUGUGAGAUAUCGAUUUGUCGUAAUCGGAUGCAUUCGUAUCUAUCGGCUUCCCGUUUAUUUCAUUUCCUGUUUGCCUGAGUUUUCCUUUUGGUGUUACCUUUGGUCUUUCUGAUUUCGGUUGACGUUACGUUUGGCACGGAUACGUGGCCCGUUAGGAAUUAUUGUUCCCUUUCACAUUUUCAUUUUAAUCUCGUCUAUAUUUUUCUUAAUUUUUUAUUCUGUGAGAACGGUGGCAUCACUUGUCACUGAUCAAUGUGUUUCGCUGUUGAGAUUGGUUUGAUAUUCAAGAUGUGGAUACACGGUGUCCAUCUCUCUCUAAUCAGCAGAUACAACUUUCCCUUAGCUCCAAGCGAUACUUUCCAUUCUGAAAAAUGGUAUCUAAAUCUCAAACAUCAUGGAGACAGAAUCAAGAAGAGUGUCAAUUAGCUCAUCGGAUGUGCCAUUGGUAUCAUUGCAAUAAAUGACAUCAAUGAAAGAGUUAAUCCUCUCGUGCGAAUUCAGUCUUUGAGAUUUCAGUACUGAUUUCUAGGUUCGUGCAAUAGGACGUCUAGUUUCUAAUGAAAGACAUAUUUAGUAUUGCUUUCUAUGUUUGUCUUCUAAGUCCAAGGAUGUUGAGAUUAGAUAAAGAAUUCUUCUGAACUGUCUUCGUACUAGCUUAAAGGUUCACUGGUCUUCUGUUCAUUCCGGCGAAUCUCAUAGAGAAACUUUGAUUUUGGAGAUAAAAAUUGAACGCAAAAAGGUUGAACUAAAGAAAAAGGUUAACAACUCAUUAAUUUAGUAUGACUUAAAUAGGAGGUUACAUAAAUGUCAAAAUGUCAAGUUCCUGCCGAAGAAGAAAACUUAAUUUUAUGAAGACUUCUUUAAAAAUAUUAAUUUGUUUCGAUAUUUACGCAGUUCAUUGAGAUUUUUAUUUUUUUUCAGUCGAUAGGCCAAAACAUUGAAAUUGAAUGGCAUCACUGCUUAGGGCAGGGCAGAACAGACUGGGGAUCUAAAGACAAACAAACUGUCAACUUGAACACAAGAACAUUAAUUAACACCUCAAAGGGAAAAUUUGUUCUGGGCGAAUAUAUUGACAAUGAGCCAACUGAAGAGGCAAGGGUCACAAGACUGUGUUCCAGCGAAUAUAUUGACACCUAUGCGACUAAUUUAAAUCUACUCAUAAUAAGUUAUUUUUGUUAGUUUUUAUUUUCAUUUAUUCAGUUAGAUAGAAUACCUUAUUACAUUUUAUAGUUGUUUACUAUUAAACAACAUCCAUUAUAUUUAGACUCACUAAAUUGGGCAACGGUGCAAACACAGACCAACAGCAUUCCCUCUUUAGCAGAAUGCUUACAAUCCUAAAAGGAGAUUAAACAUGACGGGGGUAUUACAUUCCCACUGCAUAUAUUCAGCUGUAUCAUAGAUGUUAGAACUUUGCUGUUUUAAAUAUUGAUAUAUGUUCUUGGCAUUCAUCAAAUCGACCCUUUAUUCUAGUCUACUUUCACCGCAUCUACUGUUUUUCGUUAGUCUAUUGAUUUCAUAUCGACAUUUCAUGGAAAAGUAAGAACUUUUGGUGCCGCAGGAACCACUGUCUACCUUGAUAGAUGAAUACCAAUCAGGUAGCGUCGUCUUCUUAGAAAAGAUCAAGGUUUGUGGAAUUUUUAGGCAAAGAAAUAAUUCCCACUUUUUUUUUUUUCAAUUCCUGAUUACAGGUGUUCACUUCAGGUAUCAUAUUUCUUUUCUAAUCCCCCUCAUUGUUAGAUUAUCGGUGAGAAUUAUGUGUCCCUCAGACGAACGAGGAGAGAUGGGAACUGUUUCUUCAGAUGUUUUGUGUUCUCAUAUCUGGUACACACAUGAAACUGCCGCUAAUGUAAUAUAUGAUAUAAUAUAUAAAUUAUAUAUACAUAUGGUACUAGGAUGAUGUACUUUAAUUACGAAUUUUGAAGCAUAGCGUGAGGCAAUAUUGAACUAUUACUUGCUAGGAGCAUAUUUUGGAGACCCAAGACAAAGCAGAAGUUGAUCGCAUCAAGGGGCAUAUUCAAGAAAGCAUUAAAACUCUGAGAAACCUCCAAUAUGUUGAUCAUCAGUUUUCAGAUUUUUACGAGGUAAACUGUACAUUCAUGCUUCUCAUUCCUCUUGAGUUUCUGCUCCCAUGCAUGUAGCUGACUCCUAUGGUGAAAAUCCUACCCCACGACCUUGGAAUUUGUACAACUGACGCCUGAUGCAGUCAUGGCUUGGCUCAGAGAUAGGAUAUGAGUCAAAUGUGUAUGUAUGCCAGAAAACAUCCAUAGAAAAAGGAUGGCACCUCAUCGCACAGGAACAGAUUGGCUUUGUUCCUAUAGUAGGAAAUUGCAGACAACAGAGGGAAACAAACCAGACCAAAUAUUCUAGGCAGUCAACGGUGUCCAACUUCGGCCAGUCGUACUUUUUCUCUGAACGGGUCUUUUUUAUAAGGGGAGGGGUAUGUAGGGCCUUCACAUGGGGAAGUAAAAAUCUCUUUAUUUCCGAUCAAUGUGAUUUUUAUCAGCGCAUUUGUGGUCACUGCGGGGUAAAUAUCUUCAGAUAUUCACCGAGCUACUGGAUGGUGUGAUCCAGGGGCACGAAAAGUCCUUGAGGUAUGAAAACCAGAUUAUAUUUUUCCGUUCUCUGUUCGCUUUUAUGCACACAGAAAGCGAUAAAUGUACUGAAUUAUGUGAUCAAGAUUAGGCGCAAUUUCAACGAAAGCAUUGUCUUGUUUCAGUGACGAGCUGCUGCUGCAGAGGUGCCAAGAUGGAUUAUAUUCAGAUUCUGGUGAGCAUUCUUCUUCCCUCCUUAGCUAUAUUGCCCGUAUACGUACCCCACCGGCAGCUAUACCAUCCUCCGACUGAUGUUGCUCCGGCCAGCCGUCAUGUUCUGCAGGUGUGCGGCGUCGGCUGAGAUCCAGAGCCGCAGGGACUUCUUCGAGCCCUUCCUCGCGCCCUUCAUAGGCACGUCUCAGACACUGGAACAGGUUCACGCCCCCUGCCUCUCUCACGCGUCAUUGAUCAGUACGAUCUCAUACUACUCUUCUCGGUGCUGGGAUUGGGAUCUCUCUCGCGGGGAGCAGUUCUGCAAGACCUCGGUGGAGGGGAUGAAACAGGAGAGUGAUCACGCCCACAUCGUCGCCCUGACUGAUGCGCUGGGCGUGCCGGUGCGCGUCGUCUACCUCGACAGCAGCUUCAGCGGCACUGGCCCCAUGACCGCGAACCAGCACGACUUCCUCCCAUCUGGCGCUUCUGCUCCAGGGGAAAAGCCGUUCAUAAGCCUGCUCUACCGCCCCGGCCACUACGACAUUCUUUACCCAAAGUGA